CCUUAACCUUAACCUCUCAAUCCACCAUCUUCAUCUUCAUCCUCAUCUCUCAACAAAAACUCCAUUUCUGGCUUUGGUUUUCAGAUGACAACUACCACAAGUAGCAACCAGCUAUGGCUCCUGCUGUGGGCAGCAUUGCUCCUGCACCACAGCCUGUUGUAUGUUCCUGUCCUAGUAGUUUCUGCACAACAUCUAGAUUUCGAGCAGCAGAAGAACUACUACCCCCCAGACCCUCAUGCCGGAACACCCCCCACAGGUGGUGGUUCUUACAAUCCUCCGCCGUCUGGUUCUGGAGGUGGCUCUGUGACACCGACUCCGACGCCCUCGCAUGGAGGAGGUAGCCCCCCUGCCAACUGUGGGACCCCCCCAAGUGGCCAUGGAGGAGGCCAUCACCACCAUACACCCUCCUCCCCUGGAGGUGGCUAUUACCAUUCCCCGCCGACUACACCAACCGUGCCGCCAACUCCGUCGGUCCCUACUCCAACUCCGCCAACCGUUGUAAGUCCGCCGACCACUCCGGUUGAUCCCGGAACUCCGAUCACUCCACCCGGCGGCACGAUUCCUACGCCGCCGGUUCCUGUCACUCCACCUUUCACUUGCAUCUUCUGGAGAAAUCAUCCGACAUUGAUAUGGGGGCUGAUUGGUUGGUGGGGAACGGUCGGCAAUGCGCUUGGCGUGCCUAACAAUGCACCCCCGGGGUUAGGGGCCAACAUGAACUUAUUACAGGCGCUUUCGAAUUCUAGAGCAGAUGGGCUUGGACAGCUCUACAGGGAAGGCACAGCUGCUCUGCUAAACUCCAUGGCGUACAACAAGUUCCCUUACUCGACCAGCCAAGUUCGCGACAGGUUCGUCGCGGCGCUUAGCUCGAACAAUGCUGCAGCAGCUCAGGCACAGCUCUUCAAGCUGGCUAAUGAGGGCAGAGCCCUGCCUAGGGCUUGAAACAUCACCACCUGUAUUCUUUAUCAAAAAAAAAAUCACUAAUGUUUCAUAUCAAGUUUGCCCUGCUUUCAGUUCUCUUCUUCUUCAACUUGUGUGAGGUCUUUCAGGAUGACAUUAUAUGUUCAUUUCACUGUAAUGUUACAUAUUCAGAAGGAUAGCAGCAACCUUUUGUUUCUGUCAUUUUUAAUAAUAUUUGUGAUUUGUUUGCGCUA